AUGACCAUAUUCUACAUCCCAAAAUACUACCCAAUAACUAAACCAAACUGCUACCUUAUUAACUAUUAAUAAGCAGCAAAUUAGGAGUUUAUUAAGGCAAAAGUUGUAGUAAAUGGUUUUUGUCAAUAACGUGAAGUCUACCUUUCCCACAAUGGGAAGUGGGUAGAAAUCCAGUUCAUCCAGAGUUCUUUUUUUGUCUUAUAAAUUGUCUGGUUACUAUUGUGGUGUGAGAAAGUGGUGCAGACAAUUCAGUGAGCGACCAGUCUUAAUAAAUCAAACUAAAUCACAAACAGUUUAAGACCUUUUUGGAAACCUAGAUCAAAAGAGUGAUUCGUUCACAAAUCUGACAUCAUUAGUUCUGUUUCUAAAAAGCGAAUAGAAAAAAGCACAUAAAUAGAUUACUGAUAUAUCGAAAACAAUAUUCACCCUAAAAUGUGUUUGGACAUCUAAGCCCACAUAGAUAUGAAAACAAAAUCAUUUUUCAACACUUCAGAUUGACAGCUUGGCCCUGCCCACCAUUAUGCCUCUUCUCUCCAUGUCAUUGUUUCCCCACUCUCCAAUCCAUGCAGCUUUAUCUUGAUCAGCGUGUCUGCUGCCCCACAACGUUUCCAUGCCCCUUACUGUAUUCUCAAAUCUGCUCUCACCUCUAGGGGUGUCUGAUGUCUCGGAUUAUUUUCCUGCAGCCACAGAUUUGGCAGUGAAGAUGCAUGUGGCUCAUUUGUCAAGCCACGGCCCACACUGUUCUGUUUGGGGUUACACUGUGUACCAUUUAUGUGAGGGCAUUUGUUCCCAACCCACUACUAGAGGAUUGUAAAAGCAUUGAGAAUAUCAUUUGAGCACCUUCUUUGAAGCUAGAUUGAAAUGAUUUUACAAUCCCAAGAAAUUUAUCUCUGUAUCAAAUCUUGAAGAUUACUUAUUAGAGAAUUGGCACAUAAGUUUCAUUAACAUUGCAAAUGCUCAUCCGUAAUUCAUGAGUAGACUUCAUUAAGUAUUAACAGGAGUCAUUUGAGAUUUUGUUUAUUUGAUCAUUUAGGGAGCCAUUGUUCAUUUGAAGAUACAGCCCUUUUGGAAUUCAUUUCAUAUGGUCCGGAAAAUGCCAGGAAAUCGAUAUAAGUGAAAACUGAUAACCAAAUGACAACUUUUUGUAUUGUAUACCUUCUGGUGAACCUUGAUGAGGUCUUCACAAGCCACCACUGAGAGAAUUCUUUUAUAUGCGGGACAUCUGAUCUGUGUGAUUGUUGUUCUGUUACCGGACGUUAUAGUAGUAGACCUCUUGUGCAUAAUUAACUCAAAAACAAUUACUUGUAUUCGGCUGCUGUGUCUUGAGCAAGAAGGUUAGUUUCCUUAAAAGUGCCUGAAUUUCCUGUAGACAAGAUGCUUUAUUUACACAAAAUGGAAUAAUAAAGACACAAAUUUAACCAUAGCUAAACAUGGUAAAACCAUAGUUCAGUAUAUGAACUGAUAUAGAACCAAGCAAAAAGGGUGUUAAGAGAAUAUAAAAUUGAAAAACAGUUACCUGUUGUACUAAGAUCCAUAAGGAGUUUUUUUUUUUUUAAUAAAGAAGUAUGCAAUGUUCUAGAAGAGGCACAAUUUAAUCAGUACUUCACUGAUUAAGAACUGAGACUCUAAGUUUAAACAUUGUUAUUAAAAUACAUAUAAUUCUGUUAUUUUCCCAACUGGGAAAAAAAUGGUAACACUUUAGAAUAGGUAACACUUGUUAACUAUUAACUAUGACAUUUCUUUCAAUAAAUUCUUAAUUUGCUGCUUAUUAAUAGUAUAGUAAGGUCCAGUAGUUGUUAGAUUUAGGUAUUUGGUAAGAUUAGGGAUGUUGCAUAAGGUCAAGUAGAAUAAGGCAUUAAUGUGUUCUUAAUUAGCACUAAUACAUGGCUAAUCAUCUAGUAAUAUGCAUGCCAAUAAGCAACUAAUAUGUGUUACCUAUUCUAAAGUUUAACCAAAAAUAUCAUGAUGAAUAGGCAUUCAUCAUGAAUUCAGGUGCAUUCAGCAGUUUUUUCAAUAGGCAACCUUUUUGAGUUUAAUUAUCAUCAUUAUUAUCAUCAUGAGACAUCAUUAUUACUCUGUUCUCUGAUUGUUUGAAUCUUUGAUCCACCCUGUACACUGGCGUUUUGUUUCCUGGCUCUCACAGCACGGCUUUAGAUCUUAGCUACCAUUUACUGUAGUCAAGGAGUCAUUUGAUUCCUUUUUUAGGAGUGAGCAGCUGUUAAGAGAGACCCACCUGACAGUCAGGUGUGUCAUCCGCUCUAGAUGCCUCACAAGUCUGAAUAGAAGGACUUAAACUCAAACCGGCAAGAUGCCCCGCAGAAAAAAUGAUGUUGCGAUAACUGUGGAUGAUGUUGGGAUGGAAAUUGAUGCAGAAUAUGAUAGUGGAAGUGAUGUGGAUUCAAGAAGAAGAGCAAAAGGCAGGAAUAAAGCGAAGCCUGCAGCUCGAGGAAAGAAAGCCAAGCCAGCAGAUAGCGAAGAGGAGAGUGAGGAAGAGGAGGAGGCUCCGCGUAAGAGAAAAGGCCGAAAGAAGAAGGUAGAAAGUGAGGAGGAGAGUGAGGAAGAGCAGAGAGGAAGAAGAAAGAAAGCAGCGGCUUCAAAGAAGAAGGCUGCUGCGAAAGAUGACUCCGAAGAGGAGAGCGAAGAGGAGAAGGGAAAUAAAAGAAGAGGAGGGAAAAAAGGAGGAACUAAGAAGGAGAAAGAGGAGGAGAAUAACAAGGAGAAGAAGGGGAAUGGCAAAGCAGCAGGAAAAGGAGGGAAAGAUAAACAGGAUGAGAAAAAGAACAAAGGGAAAAACAGCAGCAGUUCAGAUGACAAUUCAGAAGACGAGUCUAUGUCUGAGGGAGAGAUGGCCCGACUGAAAGAGGAAGUCGAGGAGAAGAAAAAGCUGAUAGCGACGCUUCGGAACAAACCCUGGCGCAUGAAGAGGAGACUCAAGUGCCUGAAAGAAGCCCAGUCCUUUGUGGAGAAGUUUGAAGGGGCUUUGGGAAAAGGAAAAGGGAGGAGACUCUAUGCAUUCAAAGUCAUGAUGACCAAGAAAAUAAUCAAAUUCAAUAGAGACUUUGAAAACUUCAAGACAGCCUGCAUUCCCUGGGAAAGUCGGAUAAAAGAAGUGGAGAGUCACUUUGGGUCAUCUGUAGCCUCCUACUUCAUUUUCCUGCGCUGGAUGUAUGGAUUAAACCUUGUUCUCUUUGGUUUCGUGUUUGGACUUGUUGUUAUUCCAGAGGUACUGAUGGGCAUGCCUUAUGGCUCUAUUGCCAGAAAAACAGUUCCCAGAGAGGAGCAGGACAGUGCCAUGGACUUCUCUGUCUUGUUUGAGUUUGGGGGUUAUUGCAAGUACUCCAUUAUGUUUUAUGGUUAUUACAACAAUCAGCGAAGUAUUGGAUUACUUCAGUUCCGGUUACCCCUCUCAUAUCUUUUAGUUGGAGUUGGGAUAUUUGGCUACAGUCUAAUGGUGGUUAUCAGAACAAUGGCAAGAAAUGCCAAUGAAGGAGGAGAUGGAGCAGAGGAAGGUGCCUUCACCUUUUGCUGGAAGCUGUUCACUAGCUGGGAUUACCUUAUAGGAAAUCCCGAGACAGCUGACAACAAGUUUGCCUCCACCACCACAAGCUUCAAGGAAUCUAUAGUGGAUGAGCAGGAGAACCUAAAGGACGAGAACGUUCACCUGCGCCGUUUUCUACGUAUCCUGGCAAACCUUCUCAUCCUGUGCUGUUUGGGUGGAAGCGGCUACCUCAUCUACUAUGUGGUCAAACGAUCUCAGGGGUUUGCCAAACUGGACAGGAAUGAAUUGACAUGGCUUCAAAAAAACGAGGUUGAAAUUGUGAUGUCAUUGUUGGGCUUGGUGUGUCCACCUCUGUUUGAGGUUAUAGCUGAGCUGGAGGACUAUCACCCUCGGAUCGCCCUAAAAUGGCAGCUGGCCAGAAUCUUCGCCCUCUUUCUGGGCAACUUGUACACUUUUCUGUUUGCGCUGUUUGAUGAAGUCAAUGCAAAGCUUGAAAAUGAGAAACAGAUAAGAAAUGAAACCAUCUGGGCUCUUAAAGAAUACUAUGCCAACUACACCUUAUACCAUAAUGUCACUGAAAACAUUCCCCUUCCAAACAUCUCCCCAGCUGAUGUCAUCAGGGGUCCUUGCUGGGAGACAGAAGUUGGCAUUGAGUUUGUGAAGCUCACCGUAUCCGAUAUCCAGGUGACAUACCUGACCAUUCUGAUCGGGGACUUCUUACGGGCCGUGAUUGUGAGAUUCCUCAACUAUUGCUGGUGUUGGGAUCUGGAAGCUGGCUUUCCGUCUUAUGGAGAAUUUGACAUCAGUGGUAAUGUGCUUGGGCUUAUCUUUAAUCAGGGAAUGAUCUGGAUGGGUGCAUUCUACGCACCUGGGCUGGUGGGCGUAAAUGUGCUGCGUCUGCUGAGCUCCAUGUAUUACCAGUGCUGGGCUGUUAUGGCCUGUAACGUUCCCCAUGAGAGAGUGUUCAAAGCCUCGCGCUCUAAUAACUUCUACAUGGGACUGCUCCUCCUCGUUCUCUUCCUUAGUCUAAUGCCUGUGAUCUACUCCAUUAUGACCCUGCCACCAUCCUUUGACUGUGGACCCUUCAGUGGUAAAGAUAAGAUGUAUGAUGUGAUCAUGGAGACCAUAGAGAAGGACUUGCCACCUUUUAUGGCUGACAUCUUCAGUUAUGCGUCCAACCCAGGCCUCAUCAUUUCUGCAGUUUUGCUCAUGGUAUUGGCUAUUUAUUAUCUGAAUGCUGUGUCCAAAGCAUAUCAGAACGCUAACAUGGACUUAAAACGCAAAAUGCAAAUGCAAAGAGAUGAGGAGAAGAACAGGAGGAACAACAAGGACAGCACCAACCAGGUGAUGAAAGACCUGGAGGAUCUUAUGCCGAACAAGUCCCUGAUUCCCCCACCAUCACCUGAAGAGACUGCGAAACCAGCUGAUCAGCUCAGCAAGUCACCAAAGGUGACGGGCAAACCAGGUGCUGCAGCCACUGGGAAAGGGGUACAUGUUCAGAGGGAUGUGUCUUUGGCGGCUGCAAAUCCCCGAGCUCCAGUGACCCGUCCGCCAGGUCCCAGGCCACCCGGGCAUCUGCCAGGUAAUGCCCGCGGACCUCCACCGGGUCAAGGGAUGGGAAGAGGGAGAGGUGGACCACCACCACGAAGAUAGUGCAUGAAGAAUGCACUAACACUGUUUCUUUUUGUACUACUACAUUUGGAACCAAAUCAAAGUGUAAUACUAUUACACAAUGAGGUUGACCUGUAGUUAACAUUUGUAUGUACAAUGUAAAUAUUUUUGUGUAAAAUGUAUUUGUAUGUGGUUUUAAUAUGUGCAAUAAAAUGGCUGUACAUGUCUGUGGUGGUUUAUUCAUCAAAUACAUUCCAUUAUUUUUGCACAGAUCAGGAUUCUAGGAUUAAAUAAAUACAUAAAUUAGGAUUCCCUUAUUAUGGUCCCCCUUUUUGUGCUGGACACUUUUAACAAUUCCAAAAUGACUUUAAAAAAUUGUAAAAAUGAAAUUUUCAAAGAUUAAGAUUAAUUAAACAUUUAAUUGUAAGUGAUACUUUAAGUUUUACUGAACAAAUGACAUUUAAAUCCAAAAUUGUACAUAUAUG